AUGGGCUCAGUCGCGACGCUGCUCUUUCUUGUCUUACUGCCCGCCAGCCGCAUCCUGGCCUGGGGCGAGCAUGGCCACCGGACGAUUGGCUAUCUCUCACAAAUGUACUUUACCACCGAGGCUGAAAACUUGUUCAACAAACUCGUGCAACCCAAUGAUGAUUUUGACAUUUCCGACGGGGCCGUUUGGGCGGACAGCUUUGCUACCCAGAGCAAAAUGCCUUGGUCUAAGCCAUGGCAUUAUAUUGAUGCCAAGGACGAACCACCCGAGAAGUGCAAGGUGAACUUUAAUGCCGAUUGUGACUCUGCAAAGAACUGUAUCGUCGGAGCCAUUGCAAACUUGACCAAGCAAGUCAACAACCCCAGGUUGGAGCCGAAAGAGCAGAGCGCCGCCUUGAAGUUCCUCCUCCAUUUCCUGGGCGACAUCACGCAACCACUGCACACCGAGCAGAAGUGCAGAGGCGGUACAAGACUCAUGGUGCAAUGGGGCAAACCGGGCUCCCGGGAAGAAGACCUGCAUCAAGUCUGGGACAAGCUCAUCAUCCAAAAACUUCGGAGCUACAAAAAACCCAGCGGGGGUGACCCGGACAAUGAGUACGACAAGAAACUCUCACUGGAAUGGGCCCAGGAGCUCAAACGCAAGCUUGACCGAGACGGAUUUGACCUUUCCGAGGAGUGUACUGACAUUACGAAAGCACAGAAGUGUGCUCUGGCGUGGGCGUCUGAGGCGAAUGGUUUCGUGUGCAGCUAUGUACUAAAGGGUGUUGGCACGAAUACUGGCCCGGAUCCCUGCGAGGAGUGCUGUGAGUGGGAUUGGCAGGGGCCGGAGGACUUGUCGAAGGAAUAUUACGAGGGCGCUGUUCCCAUAGUCGAGGAGCAGGUCGCCAAAGCAGGAUGGAGGCUCGGACAGUGGAUCAAUGCCUUGGCGGAACAGCGAGUCCAGAUGGAGAGGGCGGGCGUUGUGUUUGGAGAGGAGGUCUUGCAGGUCCAGCCGCGGGAGGAAAUGUGA